AUGGCAUUAAUCGAACGGUCCACAUUACAAAAAAUUAAGGAAGUUAUAUCCUCCCACUUAAAAGAUUAUUUUUCAUUUACAGCUUCCGAACUAGUAAGAAAAAAUCCACCAACAUGGUAUUGCGAGAAUAAAAAAUUAGUUUAUAAUAUGGCAUGUCCAAAUGGGGCUGAUUCAUUUCAUGGAACUUUGAAGUAUACACAAUGGACACAGUUUGACUUACCAAAAAGUUUUAAUGUUGAAGAAAGGAAUGGGAUUGGAGGUGGAAGAAAAGGAAAAUUAGAGAUUGAAGUAUUAAAUGAUGUAUUUGAUUAUUCUCCACCUGAUGACGAUAAUACUCAUCCAGCUCUUUGCUCACUUCGUGAUAAGCUUUGUACCAUGCAAGAUGGGUCACAAGCAAAAACCAAAAUGUUUACAUCCGGAAAAUCUAUUGCGACUCCUGUAUUAAUUCGUGGUGUAGAACGUCGUGCCUUCGUCAAAACUGAUUUUAAUGAAGCUGAAGGUAGACCUUAUGGUCUUUAUGGGAAUCAAUUUGCAAUAGCUGAAAAAAGUGCUGUAAAGUUGGCUACCACUGUUUUUGAUGAAAGAUUGGACAGUAGAGGUAAACCUUAUUAUUCAAAUAUUAUUGCUAUGGAGGCUCCAAAAUAUGGAAAUGGAAGUUAUACUAAUAGUACUAUUAGAACGAUUCUUGAAACAGCCUAUAGUGGGUUUUUGGCAGCUAGAUUUGAAAGUUUAGUAGAAACCGGUGUGUUGGAAAGGAGGUAUAAAAAUGAAGAACAUACGGUUAUUCCCGAAAAAGAAGAUACAAUCGUACCUAGAGUUAUUAUUAAUACAGGCAAUUGGGGAUGUGGUGCUUAUGGAGGAAAUAUUUCAAUCAUGGCAUGUUUACAAUUCGCAGCUGCCCAUUUGGCUGGUAUUGAUAAAGUGGUUUAUCAUGCCGUAGAUAAUAGAUCUCGAAAUGAGGUUGAUAUUGGAUUAGAAACUUAUAGAGAAUUGAUAAUGGAUGUAGAUGGGAUGAUUAAAUGUGCUGUUUGUUAUCUGUUACAUAAUGCCACAUUUAAAAUUACUGUUACUGCGUUAUAA